AUGAAUUUUUUGUUUAAUAUAAAUGUGUGUCGCGUUUGUAUGCAAAAUGAAAAAGGUUCGGAUUUAUUGAAUUGUGAAGAUCUAUUGGAAAAAUUUACAUAUACAACACGUUUAACGGUCACCGAUAAGGAUAAUUUACCCAAAAUAAUAUGUUCGAAAUGUAUUGCGCGUCUUAAAGUGGCACAUUCAUUUAUAAAAACAGCCCAUGAAUCGGAAAAUAAUUUGAAGACAUUUUUAGCUAAAAUUAAUAAUGAAUUUCAAGAAGUUACAAAGCCAAAUACAAAAGGCAAUCUGUCGUCAAACGAUUAUGAGGAUAAUAUAGAUGAUAUGCUACUCGAAGAGGAUGUUCUGAACAAUAUACAGGAACAUGAGGAUGAUGAUAAAACAACUUCUAUCACAAAAGAUGACUCCAAACCAAAAACUUCCCCCAAGCAAAAAGAAAUAUCAACAGAGAUUUCGCAUACCAAAAAUGUUAGCAAUACAAAGGAUUCCGAAAAAGUGGAGGAAAUUAAAGACCCUAAAAAUCCACAACCACAAACCGAUGAAAAUAAACCAUCACUCACUUUCAACGAUGAAGAUGAAAAUAUUUUAAUUAUAAAUUCCGAUAAUGUGGCGACCGAAUAUGAAAAUGAUAUGCAACAAAUGGAAAAUGAUAAUGAUGAUAUGCAGGACUAUGGUGAAGCCGUCGCCGACGCCACUUCUGUAUCUGAUGAAAACGAAUCAGCAAGUGUAGAAGAAAAUCUAAUAAUGGAUUUACAAGAACAAAUUACAAAAAAUGUUAAAGAAGCUGCACCUCAAUCUGAGAUCAAUGUAGAAGAUAUACAACAUAUUUUGGAGGGUCAUGAAGAAGCAGAACUUGAUGAAGAAAACGGGUCCCCAGAGACCGAUGAAAUACAUGAUGAAAAUAUACAACAUAAUGAAACAGAAGAGGAACAACAGGAACAUUUUACCUUAAAUGAAGAAGAAGAAAGUCAAGCUUCAUCGACAGAAUUCCAUGAUCUGGGAUUGGAAGAAACUCCGGAUGAUGAUGACCAACAACACAACAAUACUGUUGUUAUACAUAAUACAGAACCCGAUACGGAGGAUUAUGUACCACAAUAUGAAACCUUGAUAAAUAAUCAGGUACAUGAAUUACAAUACCAUGACGAGCAGCAGUACACUGAAGCGAACGUUUUCGAAGAAUCAACGACAAAAGGAAAUCAGGAAGAUCCAGGCCAGGAAAUCAAUGCAGCCAAUCAAAAUCUUUAUGAUAAUCAUUUUGUAAAAUCAACAUCAUCAUCAAAAUCCACCGCGGGCCCAAAGGAAAAAAUAUCAUUGACAAUUCAGCAGAAGGUUCAGCGUUUCUAUUGUCAAGACUGUGAUCGUGAUUUUAGUACGAAGACAAAUCUAAAUCGUCAUAUGCAAUCGCAUAAGGGUAAUAAACCGCAUGUCUGCCCACACUGUUCCAAAGGGUUUACCCAAAAGUCCACUCUUAAACAGCAUAUUUAUACGCAUACGGGAGAACGACCCUAUAUAUGUGAUAUAUGUGAUCGCGGUUUUACCCAGUGUAAGAGUUUGAUUUUCCACAAGAGACGUCACACCGGUGAGAAGCCAUUUCAAUGUGAAUAUUGUUUGUUAAUGUUCCGGCAAAAGGAUGCUUUAAGG